ACCGAGAGCCCGGAACUGCAUUGCUUGGCCCGGUGGGGGGCUGUUGUCUAUGUCUUCUUGGGGCGCCCGGCGGAUCGGGGUCUCGGUUUUGCAGGAAGAACCCAGAGCUGGUGGCUUCAGGUGGCUGACCCUGCCACCACCGCGGUCGCCGCAAGUGCUGUUUCCACCUUUGGUGAGAGGAGCAGAGACGCAAGAGCAGGGAGACCUCCGAGGCAAAGAGGCAUCGGACAUGUGUCAGCACAUCUGGGGAGCACAUCCGAAGAGCCCGAGGGGAGAUUUGCCGAAACAAUUCAAACUGCGUUAUUGAUCUUGGGGGUGACUGCCCCUGGCCGGCUGUCGGGUGGGAGCGCGAGUGUGCGCUCUCUGGAGAGUGUGUGCGUGUGUGUAUGUGUGUGCCGUGUCGGGCUCCCCCUUUCCCCCCUGUUUUCCCGUCGAGUGAUGCACCUGGAAUGAGAAUCAGAGGAUGGAAAUAGUCUGGGAGGUGCUUUUUCUUCUUCAAGCCAAUUUCAUCGUCUGCAUAUCAGCUCAACAGAAUUCACCAAAAAUCCAUGAAGGCUGGUGGGCAUACAAGGAGGUGGUCCAGGGAAGCUUUGUUCCAGUUCCUUCUUUCUGGGGAUUGGUGAACUCAGCUUGGAAUCUUUGCUCUGUGGGGAAACGACAGUCACCAGUCAACAUAGAGACCAGUCACAUGAUCUUCGAUCCCUUUCUGACUCCUCUGCGCAUCAACACUGGAGGCAGGAAGGUCAGUGGGACCAUGUACAACACUGGAAGACAUGUUUCCCUCCGCCUGGACAAGGAGCACUUGGUCAACAUUUCAGGAGGGCCCAUGACGUAUAGCCACCGACUGGAGGAGAUCCGGCUACACUUCGGGAGUGAGGACAGCCAAGGGUCCGAGCACCUCCUCAAUGGACAGGCCUUCUCUGGGGAGGUACAACUCAUCCACUAUAACCACGAGCUAUACACAAAUGUCACAGAAGCUGCGAAGAGUCCAAACGGAUUGGUGGUAGUUUCUAUAUUUAUAAAAGUUUCUGAUUCAUCAAACCCAUUUCUUAAUCGAAUGCUCAACAGAGAUACUAUCACAAGAAUAACGUAUAAAAAUGACGCAUAUUUACUACAGGGACUUAAUAUAGAGGAACUGUAUCCAGAGACCGCUAGUUUCAUCACUUACGACGGGUCGAUGACUAUCCCGCCCUGUUACGAGACAGCUAGUUGGAUAAUAAUGAACAAGCCUGUAUACAUAACGAGGAUGCAGAUGCAUUCCCUGCGCCUCCUCAGCCAGAAUCAGCCAUCGCAGAUCUUUCUGAGCAUGAGCGACAACUUCAGGCCCGUGCAGCCCCUCAACAACCGCUGUAUCCGCACCAACAUCAACUUCAGUUUACAGGGGAAGGACUGUCCUAACAACAGGGCCCAGAAGCUGCAGUACAGAGUAAACGAAUGGCUCCUCAAGUAGGGAACGAAGCCAAGAAGAAUCCCACCUCAGUGAAACUCUACAACUGUGAAUUGACGUAACCCAGAAUGCCCCCUCUUUCUUCCUCCUCUUCCCUCCCCUAAGCCUUUUACUCUUUGGAUUGGCCCCUUAUUCAUGAAAACUGUUUGCAAAAAUGUGUCAGAAGAGAGCACAUCUCUACACACACACACGCACACAUACACACACACACACACACACACACACACAAGAGUAAACACAAGUACGCACACAUCUAUACCACCUCCAUGAUGGGAAGUCAAGUCUCAGAAACAAAGAUUUGAUCAUCAAAGGUCUUAGAAGAAAACAACCAGUUAACCUGAUUACAAUUUUGAUACUGUUUCCCUGAACUAAUAACUCUAUCCGAUGAGACUUCUCAGCCUUUGUACAUACAAAAAUUCUUCCAAAAGAGAGAGGGGAGAAAACAUCGUUCUAAAAGCAUCAAGUGGACGCUGUAUCUCAUAAUCCCCGAUGGUGUCCUAGAAUACUCUGUGGAUGCUGGUGACAUGUGGACCAGGACAAAGCUGACCAAGGACACUUAUUUCUAGAUUACGAUUCUUCUGUUUACUCAAUGAUUUAAAAAGAAAAUAAUAAAAAAGGACAGACAUCAAAGAGCUCUACGUUGUGUAUAUAUAUAUCACCUCAGACUAUAAGAAUGGAACUAUUUCCCCCUUUGUCACAUAACUGUACUAGGAUUUGCCCGAGAUCAGAAUCGAUCCAUUCGCUGUUUCUUGUUUUCUGAAGGUCAUACAUUGUGUUUGGUUAUUGUUAACAGCCCAAUAAAUGUGUUCAAUGCGUUGAUUUCAUUUUUUCUGGCUUUGGUCUGUUCUCCAUCCUGCCAGGCUCAGCCCCAGCCCCAUGCAGCUACCUUCUUGGGUCUCCCAUGUUCCUUCAUCUCCAUGUUUUGUUCAUUUGCAGCCAGUUUUCCUGAGUUUGUGGCAAGCAGGAAUGCACUUGCUAAGCAGGUAUGCCUUUAAUUCCACUCCAUGGCUGGUCAUUCAUCCCAGGUGAGCUUCGGCCUGAUAUAGUAGGCAACAGAUUCCUUGCGUUUCAAGAAACUGCCAUUCCCUGCCCCCCAGCCCCUGUGAUGCUCCCGAAGGAAUGCACUUUGCCUUGUAAAUUCCUGGGAAAUUGGGGUAUCUUUUCUCUCCAGGUGCAGCCAGAUCUCACAAAGUACAAACGAAUGCCUUUCUUUUCUUG